AGCGCGCGCACGGAGGACGCACGCACGGCGGGGGCGCGCACGCACACGUCGGCGCGCGUCCACGUCCGGGGGACGGCUGCGCGGGAAUCCCUGUGUCGCCGGAGAGGCCGUUUCAGUCGCCAGGAUGUCGUACAUGCUCCCGCACUUGCACAACGGCUGGCAGGUGGACCAGGCCAUCCUUUCGGAGGAAGACCGAGUGGUCGUCAUCCGCUUUGGACACGACUGGGACCCCACGUGCAUGAAAAUGGACGAGGUUCUGUACAGUAUAGCCGAAAAGGUUAAAAAUUUUGCAGUUAUUUAUCUUGUGGAUAUUACAGAAGUACCUGACUUCAACAAAAUGUAUGAGUUAUACGAUCCGUGUACUGUCAUGUUUUUCUUCAGGUUAAUUUGUAUCCAUGACUUAUGGGCUUUGCAGCGAAGGGAAAUGUGGGAACGGAUUCUGGCCACGUACACAGGGCCUAUGCGGGUGGCAGUGGGAAGAAGAAACCAGAUAGCGCCUUCCAGACCUGGCUUGAUGUUUCUCCAGCUUAACGUCCAAGUUUAUCACUUACGACGUGUGCUUCCCACAAGCUGCAGGACAUGGUGCCGCUGACAGUGUGCACUGCAGUGAGGACCUCUCUCCUCCGUGACUGCGAUGCACUCUGUUUUCUCCCGGGCCCUCGCCAGAGGCGUUUCUGCUGCCAGGCUAGUCAAGGAGUGCAGGCCUUUUCCACCAUGCUCCUCAAAACCCCAACUCCUUCAGGGGCGUCGCGAGGGCUUUCUCAGACCCUGCCUGCCCCUGAGGGGCAGAGGGCUGUGCUGGGGAGGGAGCUGCAGAAGGAAGUCGGGGCAGUGUGUUGGUGUCGUGGGCCUGGUGCCGCUCCCAUGAGAGGUGGCGAUCCGCCUCGUCCUGUCUCUGCCGCCCGGAAUCCUGAGCCAAGCAGCGUCAGCGCUGGAGUUCACGCGUCCACCAGACACGUGUCUUGACUUCCACCAGGCCUUGUGGCCUGGUGCUGGGACGUCAUCAGAUAAGACAGGGUUCGCACUGUCACAGACCUUCACCUGAUGGCCACUGC